AUGGGAAGAGUUGGGGCUAGGGAGGGAGAUGGUGGAUUUAGACGAAGCCAUGAGGUGGACCUAAAGGAAAGGAUUGGAUUGAAUAAGGAAGAGGGAGGAAACCCUAGAUUACACAAAGUCCCUAUUUAUACUGAUACAGGAAAUCUACUUAAGGAAAGGAAAGCUGUGUUAACACUAUUCCAGAAGCUGGCUUGGAAGAAGUGGAAAUCUAUUCAAAACCAGUAUAUGGUCACUUGGGAUGAUGACAAGGAAACUGAGAAGUAUAUUGGCUUGAUGAGAAAGCUAGCUGCCUAUUUGAACUACAAGGAUCUCGACUUGGGGAGGAACAAGGAUGUUAAUACAAGCUAUGCAGAAGCAAGCAUUUGCGGUUUGAAGUAUUUCAGGAAUAACUUUAGGAGACUUGUUCAUGUUAAGACCUUAGUUGAUCCUGGUAACUUUUUCAGGGAUGAACAGAGCAUCCCUGUGUGUCCAUCUAGGAAGAAAUAG